AUGGGCAGCCGGCCCCGCAGCCCCAGCGCCUGCCCUGCGCCCUGGUGGGGGCAGCAGCCAGGAGGACCCUGCCCUUCCGAACGUCUCCGACUGGAGGAGCCCGUGGGUCCCGAACCCCGCGUGACGCCCAGCCGGGAAGAAACGGCGGGGAUCCCGGCCGUGGGCGCGCUCACCUCCGUGGUGGUCCUGGCCGCGGGCUGUGCCCUGCGUGUGCCCCUGGAGAACGUCGACUUGGUGCUGGAGCUCCCGCCGACAUCGAUCCUGCGAGUGUCUCUCGGUGGACACACCCUCAUCCUGAUCCCCGAGGUCCUCCUGAGCUCCGUCGACGAACGCUCAGGAGCACAGGGCGACUCGUCUGCCGGCCUGGCAGUGGACGUUUUCCUGGGCGCUCUCAGGGAAGACGUCGUCGUCGAGCAGGAAGUCUUCUGCGCAUCUGUCCCAGAGAUCGCCGCCCAGGAAGAGGCCUACGAAGAGGACGCGGACCCCGAGUUCCCGGAGCUCCGGAUGGACUCCCCAACCGGCUCAGCCGCUGGAGUCUACCCCUUCGCUAGUAGUGUGUUCAGUCUCUACUGGGAGGGCCCCAUCCCAGGGCUCUGUGUUGCGGGUUCUUGUGGAUCCUCCAAGACUCACUGUUAG